UUGAUUUCCUUCCAAGAUGCGCGCGUUUAGCAAAACAAAGUUUCGUUCGCGAUCGAUCAAUAGUUCGAAGAGAUAGGAAAACCUAGAUUUAGGUCUCAUCUCUUUCGCCUGCAUGGCUGGCUAGUGAAACGUUACAUCCGUACCUUGCGCGUGUAACUUUGUUUGGUGUUCUAUCGAUCGAGAUCUGUUUGUUCAUGUCCUCAGUCGGGACAGUCCGGCAUUUCAAUGCAGGGCAGUUUCAAGAUACAACUGAUCAACAUGGGCACCCGGGCCGCGGCAUAGGUAAUCGCGGCGUAAUCGCGUAGUGCUUUUUGUGUUCCCUAAUGCAGCAGCGGCAGGCCACGGAGCCGGGCCGCGGCAGUAUGCAGCUGCUCAUGGAGCCUCUGUUGAACAUGAAAGUCACAGCAAAGAUCCGCAGCCUGUACGACUGCCAGCUGCGGCUCAUGCACAACAUCCAGCCACUGCCGAAUGGUGCGGAUAUCGCCAACACCGUCAAGUACUUCUCACAGACUUUGCUUAGUGUCCUGAAAGACGUGCCGAAGUCCCCGCUAGAACUACUUAGAGACCCGAGCAAUGACCACAUCCGGAUGGGGCUGUACCCCAACCUGGACUACAAGGGGCUGUUCAACGCCAUCUCGCAGCUCGUGGACUCCGCGCCGCAUCUGCAGUAUGGGGUGCAGGCGUUCGGCUCGGCAGUGCUGCAAUGUCUGGGAUGUCUGCUGCCGUUCCUGGAGUGCGACAUGAUCGACCACCUCCCGUACCUGGUUGCGUACUGCGUGGCCGUGUUCCCCGCCCAGCUGCACCGGGAGCUCCUCAACCUGCUGUGCUAUUACAUACUGCCGUUUACUAUCACGCGCCGCUACUCCGGCGACGAGGAGGAGAGCCAGGCGUCGCAGUCCGUGGCCGCCAUCAUCAUGAUGGUGUUCCAGCACUCCGACAACCCAGCGCACCACAGCCAACUCCUCGAGUGCCUCAUGUCCAUGAAGAGCACAGUGGUCCGUGACCUGCUACUCGUGGUGGCCCACGGGUCAGCCCGAGCGCGUCUGUCUGCGGCCCGACUGUUGCUGCACUACUGGCCGCCGCCCGACGACAAGUUGCAGGACAGGAGGCCGCCCACCAGCAGGACUAACGACCUGGCACCGUUCCUGUGUCAGCGCGACGCGUGUCCCAACGCCGGCUCCGCUGAGGCUGCCAAAGUAUGCUACGACCACUGCAUCAGCGUGACCUUCGCGUCAGACUCCCCCCCUCCCCUGUACCUGUGCAUCGAGUGCGCCAACGAGAUCCACCGCGAACACCCCGACCAACGCUUCUUCGACAUCCUGCACCCGAUGCAGCCGCUGUCUGUGCUGUGCGAGAACAAGAACUGCCGGUCCACUGACAAGUCGGUGUACUCAAUUUGCUUCUCCACUGAAUGUGCCAGCUACAACGGCAACCAUCCCAUCAGAUACUGCCACCAGUGCCACGGCAACCGCCACAACAGCCGGCGCGGCGCCGACCACGUCCAUCACACGCGCCUGCCGCAGGCCUCCAACAUGGAGAUAGAGCUCCAGGGCACCCUGCAAGACGCCAUCAUCAGUCUGCUAAAAGAAGCGAAGCCCAUUAACAUGGAGUGUCCAGACAGCAUGUGGACAGCUGAAACCGGCGCUAUACCGCGCACUGAGGUGCCCGACCCCAUCUCUGUGGAGGACAGGCAGCUGCUGGGCAGAUACGGCGUGUGGCUGAUGGUGGGUCUGUGCACGCCGGUGCCGGACACGCCGGACGAGAUGCUCCAGCGGCUCAUCUCCGGCCUGUUCCGCUGGUUCCACACCACCUCCUACUCUUACACCGGCGAGCUAGCCGACCAAGUUGAGAAGCUGAAAUCCAUGCACGUGUGUCGCUGGCUGGCGGCGCUGUCGGGGCGGCACCGGCGCGCGGCCGUGGCGUGUCUGUCGCCGCAGCUGUGCGCCGCCAACCGGCUGCGGCGCCUGCACAAACGCCUGUACCACCUGCUAGAUGGUCUUUCCAGGCUAUACUGCCUGAUCCCGUACGGCGUGAUCACGCAGGAGAUCUGGGACAGCAUCAUGCCGGAGUGGAUGGACGCCAUCUGCUCGCACGUCAACGAGAAGGACCUCGACUUGUUCAAGAACAUAAUCAAAAAGAUAAUGGAGCCCGACGGAGCGAUGGCGGGAGUUCAAGAGAAUCACAUGUACGACUUCGUAGCGAACAAACUGACCAAGGAGCCCUCCCCGCACACCGCCAUGCCCGCGCUCAUCUGGCUGCAGACGCUGUCGUACCUGACUGUGAAGAUCCCUCUGAAAGAGUUGUUCGAGAUGUUCAGCCAGUGCGUCGUCACGAUGCCGGAUAAAAUCGUCAAACCGCCGCCAGUGGAAAAGGUCCCCCGCACCAACGGCUCCAGCGGCUCCCCGGCCGACCGGGAGCGCCUCGACGAGGACAUGCAGCCGGAGACCCUCACCUGCUGCAUCCUCAUGCUGGACAUACUGCUCAAGCAGAUGGAGCUACAAGGGUCGCGCCUCAACAUCUCGGCUGUCAGCAGCGACAGCACCAAGCUACUGCGACUCAUGCUGAAGGCUAACCAGGCCAACACUGUCGAACACGCGGCCUGCCUCGCCGAAGGAGCUUGUUCGUACUGCGAGGCGGCCGCGCUGUGGCACCAGCUGGCCGUGGAGCUGGUGCGCAAGCUGGUGCCGGAGAGACCCAAGCCGCACUCUGAGCAAUCAACAGACGACGGCUGGUCAGACAGCCAGCCGAAAAAGUCCGAAGAAGACCGAAGUUCCAAGUCCGGGACCCCAGCCACAUCCGUGGAUGCGCUCCUCUCUAUCGCGCAUCCACUCGAGACCGGCAAGGCGUCCGUCGGUGGAGUGUUAGUCCACAUGCCCCAUUUUGUUCAUUUCAUGCAACUGUCUCUAAUAACUGACGUGGGCUCGGAUCAAACGCUGACGAAGUCCUCAGCCGACACGCAAAUAAUGACGGCGACAGUGGAGACGAUCACAGAGCAACUGGACGUGGCCGCAGCCUUACCAGCCGACCCGCCCGCCGCCACCGCGCACUCGGUGACACUUACUGACACUGACACCGCCACCGCCACUGCCCAUGUGACCACGCCUAACCUACACAACACCCAGUACGGCGCGCCUCCAGAAGAUGACAUGAACAAGUUCUGGUCCACGUCUGUUGGCAAGUUCCAGUUCAACAUAGAUGAACUGCCUCAGGAGCUGCAGUAUAUACAUCAGUUGUUGCAGGAACUCAAAAGCACCUCCCGCCCCGACAUCCUGUACCAGCUGCUGCAGUGUCUCCAGGUGUUGGUGCUGAACGCGCAGGCGCUGGCCGACCACCGAGGGUUCCUCAUCUGGUGCCAGGAGAACCUGCUCAUUGACAAUCUAUGGAACGUGUGCGACGCGCAACACUCGCACAUCUGUUCGGUGGCGGUGCCCAUCUUGUUGCACUGUGUGACGCUGUCCGGCGGCGGAGAUGUCUUCUGUAACAUGAUACGCGACGCGUUUCAUCACCAGGACUUUCAGCAGAGGUUUACGGCGGUGGAGAGGGUCACUAUUAUUAUCAGAUUCAUGGACGACUCCCCGGUCCGCUCGAGCCUGCCUCUCCAGACGGCACUAGCCACCGCCUUCUGCUACCUCAUAGCCAGCAUGGACGACGCCAGCGUGUACGUGGCCCAGCGCGCCACCCUGUAUAUAGGCACUAUACACGACCACGCCGUCGAUCUGCUCCUAUACUGCCUAGAGACACAAUUCGACCUGGUCAUCGUCGACCGUCCGAUGGUCCUCCAGUCCAUCUACCAACUACACAACACUCUCAGUGACAGGAAGAUACUGACGUGGGAGUUCUUUCUGAACAGAUUCGAAGCACUGUUUCUAGAAGCGCAUAUUAGGAGUAAGAAGAACAUCGACUUUGCUAAUUUGCGGGACCUAGUAUCCUCCGACACAUCACCCGACGCCUUCCUCUACAAGGUGAACCGCGCUCACUCCGCACUGUCCGUCUGUUCGCGGACCCAGCACUCCCUCAGUGCGCUACUGGGCGCCAAGUGGCCCUACAAGCGCACCGUCUCCGCGCCUGAACCCAAGCACCAGCACAUGCCUCCGCAAGAGCGAGAGAAGGUGUACUCCCGUCAAUACUCGGCCCCGCUGCUGAAGCGCAAGACGUCUAGAUUCGGUCUGGGUCAGCUGCUGGCCGCGCCGCCGCAGCCCAAGUCUAAUAACACACAAGACGGCUUCCACUCCCUAUCCGGCCGGUCCACAGAGGACAUGAGCUACAUGCCGCGCGCUGUGCACCUCGAGGAGACCGACAAGGAGACCACCAACCUACUGGUGUUCCUCCUCAUGCAGUUCUUGUCCAGAUCGGACCAGGCACACCCCACCGACGACAAAGCCGUGGCUCGAACUCAGGAGGUGGUCCUGAAACAUCUGUUCCUCUUGCUGGGGUACAACAUCGUGGAGAAGUACUUUCACAUGUCGCCCGUCACUCUCAGAAAAUCGUCCAUCUUCAACGCGUUCAUGGCGAACCUGCCGCAGGUUCUGGACCAGAACCACGUGAUGGGCGCGCACAUCGCCGAGCCCACGCUCGUGCUGUUACAGUACUGCAGCGGCGGCGUGGCGGGUGCGGCCGCGGCGCCCGUGACCCACUCGCUGCACGCUCUAGAGCCGCACGUGAGGCGGCACUGGCUGAUGGCCUUACUCGUCUUCUUGUAUAAAUACCACUACGACAGCGGCCCACUAUGCGCAUUAGUCCAGUCUCUAGUGCGCAUAGUAGUGAACACCAUCGAGGCGCAGUACCACCAGUGCAAGCGCAUCCCGCCCAUGAUCGUCAUGCCUUCCCGCGCCAGAGAUCUGUCCCAGCCGUCCCUGAAGACCGACGGCGCGGAGGCGUGCCACAAGUCGCCCGCCACCAUGCACACGCACUGGGAGGAGCCCAACACACACGAGGACCACCGCUUCCAGCAGUGGAGCGUGGACCAGGAGUCCUCAGAGAGCUCGCUCAUCGCCAUCCCCGAGACCUCCGACAAGUCCGACACCACCGCGCACGCCACGCAACCGGGUUCAUUCGACGAGCCGUCUCACUACGAGGAACCUCCUAAAAUGGAGACCCCGGCGCACACGCCCAACCCGCCACUCAAUAAGCUCGGUGACGGCUACUUCUCCGCGUCGCAGGCGGGGGCGGCACGCGCGCCGCAGCUGUCUACUAGCUCUUCUGUGUCUAUUGGCAGCGACUCUUCUAACCUCAAAUCGACCCCGAUGAGCAGUCAGUCGGUGGAGAUGUGGCCCGAGCAGCUGCACGCCGCGCCCCGCGGGCCCAGCAAGCAGAAGCGGAUCAUCGUGGGCAGCAGCACGUCGCCCGACACGGCGCCGUCGUCCAACGGCGACGGGCACUUCGCGCACUGGCCGCGCGCCAAGUCGCCGCCGCACCGCCACAUCAAGAGCCCAGGUACUGUCAUACAGGGUGUUCCAGUGGGCAGUGGUACGUCUCCCGACAGCGACGGGCACUUCGCGCACUGGCCGCGCGCCAAGUCGCCGCCGCACCGCCACAUCAAGAGCCCAGGUACUGUCAUACAGGGUGUUCCAGUGGGCAGUGGUACGUCUCCCGACAGCGACGGGCACUUCGCGCACUGGCCGCGCGCCAAGUCGCCGCCGCACCGCCACAUCAAGAGCCCAGGUACUGUCAUACAGGGUGUUCCAGUGGGCAGUGGUACGUCUCCCGACAGCGACGGGCACUUCGCGCACUGGCCGCGCGCCAAGUCGCCGCCGCACCGCCACAUCAAGAGCCCAGGUACUGUCAUACAGGGUGUUCCAGUGGGCAGUGGUACGUCUCCCGACAGCGACGGGCACUUCGCGCACUGGCCGCGCGCCAAGUCGCCGCCGCACCGCCACAUCAAGAGCCCAGGUACUGUCAUACAGGGUGUUCCAGUGGGCAGUGGUACGUCUCCCGACAGCGACGGGCACUUCGCGCACUGGCCGCGCGCCAAGUCGCCGCCGCACCGCCACAUCAAGAGCCCAGUGGGAGCCCUGACCGGAGUAGCCUACGCGUCGCCCGAGUCUCCCCUAUCCAAGAUGGAGGUAUCCUGGUGGAAGGAACCCGCCAGUAAUAGGACACCUCACCUUGCCGAGCCGUUCAACAUACCGCCCACUGAGAGACUGCUGCCGAUCGGUCCGAAGCCCAACAUGGAGCAGUACCCCGUGUUCAACGCACUCGUCGACCGAGUCAGGGAGGCACUGAGUCUACCGCCAGAUGAGUCAACAGACAAGACGGACACGGACAGCCGCUCUGAAUCCGAGGCCGCCGCGCGCCCGCACGACCUCGCCAGCAAACUGGCCUCCGAACCACCUAAAAUAGGGUCCCGAGGCACAUCUCCACGUCGUUUGGCCCGUCAAGCAGCACAACUAGGGUCCCCACCGGACUUAGAGAUUGACCCGCCCGCCGCGGCCGCCAAACAACCGCCGGACGCCGUCAAUGAGCCCACCCCGGGCGUGCUGGGCGGCGGCUGGUGGGAGGACAGCACGCGCGCCGGGCGCCGCGCCGCCCACGCCGCCCCGCAGCCCGCGCCCACCACCAACAUGUGCUACCGCUGUGCGGAAUGCGGCCAAGCGGCCGAACAAUACAGCGACUCGGAACUCGGACUAUGCGUGAUAGUAGUUGCGUGCUUCGUGCACCGCUCGCCCGCCGCCGCCGCGCCGCUGCUGCCGCCCAUCCUGCACAACGUCAGCAGAAUCGUGCAAAUGGGCAACUACCUAUGGCAGAGCGAGAGCACAACUCGCCUCCCAGGCAGUGCGGUCGCAGUGGCCCAUCAGUUCCUGAGAUGUGUGCUGCAUCAGCUGGCCAGCAAUAAUGUGUUUCUGCAGCUUUUUACGCAGAGGACUAAAGAGAAACAACGCCUGAUCUUCUUCAAGAGCAUCGCCCAAGCGUUUGUGGACUUCAACGAGUUGUACCCGUGCGGACCCCUGCAGCUGGUGGUGGAGCACCUCAACUCCAAGAAGACACUGCCCACUGACAUCCUCCUAAUAGUCUCGUCCAACAUCUCGAUGUACCUGGAAUGCCUGGCCCCCGAGGCCCUGGGGCCGCUGUCGGCGUGCGCGGCGCUGCUGCAGGCGCUGGAGCAGCUGCUGCGCGCCGCUGUGCUGCAGCUGCCGGCGCUGGACGACGUGCUGCCGCUGCUGCGCGUGGCCGCUGCCGCGCUGAGGAUACCCGGCGCGGCGCAGUGCAAGAGUAUCCUGGAGCCGAUAUCCAAGCUGCUCUCGUACGGCAUCCAGAACUUCGUGAUCAAGCUGUCAGUCAUAACCGAGCUGUCGUCCCUGUGCGUGCGAACCUUCGCGCGAGACAGGGACAAGCUGCUGGUGUGCAGGGUACUGGUGUACGAGUUGAUGCAAGCUCUGCGAACUAAAACUACCAUCCCCGAUGAAAACUUCUUUGUUCUACUGCAGUUUGUGUUGCAAGGUCACGGCUGCACCCUCCUCCUCCCGCCCGCCCUGGGCCGCGGCUGGCUCACGAGCGAGGGCGAGGGCGGCGCGGGCGACUGCAUGAGGGCACAUCUACACGACUGCAUAGAGCUGCUGACCGACCCGCACACUACUAACAAGAUUAAGGGCUCCGUCUCCAAGUCCAUCGUGAACCGCAACCUAAUCUGCCUGAACGAGGACACGCUGGGCGCGCACGUGAAGGGGGGUCUAGCACAGUAUGUGGCCCAGGAGCUGAGCCUGGAGCAGCGGGGGAAGCAGGGGCCCAGGCACCCGCCCUGGCUGAGCCAGGGGCCCGCGCCUUCCCGCGAAGUGUCGGAGUGCGUGACUCGCGUGCGACUCAUCUCGUGGCUGGUGAUGGGCGCGCUCUGCAACUGCGUCGGCGGCGGCGUGCAGCAGCCCAUCCCGCAGGACGCCACGUGCCACGUCACCGACCACAUACAGACAAUAAUGUCUUCCUACGUGGAACAGACUAAGCCGGCACCGCAACGUAUGAACGCCCUGUUCCACGCCUUCAUACUGUGCCAGCUGUGGACCAUCUACCUGGAGCAGAUCGCGCGGGCGUCUACUCCGAACAGCGAGGCGUACAACACGACGGUGUGCCUACUCCUGGACUUCUGGUGCAAGGUGCUGCCCAGCGUGCUGCAGGUCACCGUGCAGAGUAAAGUGUUGGCAGAGACAGUGAACCUGCACUUCCUGAGUCUACUAGAAGCUCUCCUAGAGUGUGACUCCACGGUGCUGAACAAACUGCUGCCGCUGUGGACUCCGAUUAUACACUCGCCGCUGUUCAAUAUGCCGCGCCACGUGUCGUCCCGCCUGACCGCGUGCGUGAACGCGCGGCCCGCGCCCGCCGCCCCGCGCGCCGCGCCGCGCCGCCUGCAGCGCCUGCUGGCCAAGAUGGCGCAUCUCGACCUGCAGCCUACCACCUUCUAUCUCAUAUAAACUGUAAAAAACAAGUGAAAUCCUUUGGUAAAGUAGCGACAUCUAGUGUAUAAGUGACAAGUUAGUGACAUCGGUUGGUCAACUUGAGACCAAGCGCAGAGACUACUAGCUAAGAUGGCGCAUCUACACCUGACGCCUACUACUUUCUAUCUCAUAUAGACUGGCGACAUCGCACGCUAAGAGAAAUAGUAAUAGACAAGUGACAUUUGUUGAGAACUGUGGCAACAAUCGCAGAUGCUACUAGGAAAGAUGGUGCAUCUAGACCUACAGCCAGUACCUUCUAUCUCAUAUAGAGUGGCGACAUCUAGAGAACUAGACAGAGACAAGUUUCAUAUGUUGGUCAAAUUGAGAACUGUUGUAAUAAGCAAGGAGACAGCUCGCCAAGAUGGCUCAUCUGGAUCUACAGCCUACUAGUUUCUAUCUAAUUUAGAGUGGCGACAUCUAGUGUAUAAGAGGCAAGUUUGUUAAUCUGUUGGUCAACUUGAGAACUGUCGUAAUAAGCGCAGAGACUAAUUGCCGAGAUGGCGUAGCUAGACUUACAACCUACUACUGCCUAUGUCAUAUAGAACUAGUUAUUGUUAGUUAGGCAAGUUGCGUUAAGAUGGACGCAGUAAUAAGUGUGAGUUGCUCUGUAUAGAUGGCAGCACAAGUGAAGACAUACCUACAUCGCGGUGUAGAAGUUUUUUUGAGUAAAAUACGAACUGUCAGGCAGAUGUAUAGAGGAUUAGAAGAUAAAUGAGAGUAAUGGGUUGUAGAAAUUAAUAUACUUAAAUAAAUAUUGUUAGGAAUAAAUUGUGUGAGAAAUGUCACACUAGACAAUAGUGAAUACAAACCAAUAAAAAUAGUUUAUUUAUUAUUGUUACCAAUACCUAGGAGCACUAUAAAAUAAACCGUGAUUAAAUGUUGGUAAUUUAACAAUUCCGAGUUACAGCUAUUGAUAUAGUUACGCACAUAAUUUAUUAUCUGUUUUUUACAUAGAAUAAAUAAAAUAUAGAAUAUUGUAUUUGUGUAAUCCAUUCUUGUAGGUACUAUUGUACUAGCCAAAAUUACUGUUAUUGUGUGUUAGAAUCAUAGAAUAACAAGUACAAUAGUACUAGUACUCGUUAUUCUAUGGUUAGAAUGUAGGUAAAAAGGUCAUUAUUGUGUCAUAUUUAACUGUUACAGGUUUUUAUGUAAGUAAUAAAAUAUAGCCAUUAAAAAAA